AUGCAUCCUCUCAAUACUUCUCAUCCCUCUCCUGUUACCUUCCUGUUGGUGGGAAUCCCAGGACUGGAGCACCUGCAUGUCUGGAUUGGGAUUCCCUUCUGCUCCAUGUAUGUGGUGGCUGUUGUUGGAAACGUGACUAUCCUAGCAGUGGUGAGAGCAGAGCGCAGCCUCCACAAGCCUAUGUUCCUGUUUCUGUGCAUGCUGUCCCUCACGGACCUGGUCCUCUCUACAUCCACGCUGCCCCGCAUGCUCUGUCUCUUCUGGUUUGGAGCACGCAACAUCACCUUUGAUGCCUGCCUGACCCAGAUGUUCUUCAUUCACAGCUUCACUGCUUUGGAAUCAGGUUUUUUCCUGGCCAUGGCCAUUGACCGUUAUGUGGCCAUUUGCUACCCACUGCGCCACACCGUCAUUCUCAAUAACACUCGCAUCUGCAUAAUGGGUAUUUUAGUGGUGAUCCGGGGUGUGGCCUUCUUUACUCCACAUCCCAUCCUACUCAAACAGCAGCCCUAUUGCAGAUCACGCAUGAUUGCCCACACCUACUGUGAGUUCAUGGCUGUAGUGAAGCUAGCAUGUAAGGACAUAGGAACCACCAAGCGCUACAGUCUCAGUAUGGCCUCCAUCAUUGGCUCGUGUGAUGCCAUUCUCAUUGCUGUGUCCUAUGCCUUCAUUCUCCGUUCAGUAUUCCGCCUGCCAUCCCGGGAGGCUAGUUUUAAGGCUUUAGGCACAUGUGGAUCUCAUGUUUGUGUUAUUCUUGUCUUCUACUCCACAGCUGGCUUUUCCAUUUUCACUCACCGUUUUGGGAAAAAUAUACCUGCACAUAUCCACAUCUUUAUUGCAAAUAUGUACCUAUUGGUGCCCCCUUUCCUCAAUCCCAUUGUGUAUGGAGUAAGAACCAAGAAAAUACGGGAAUAUGUUCUUAGAACACUAAUGGUCAAAGUGGCUUUAUUUAAGUUGAAUCACUAA